AAUUUUGCUACCUUUCACACUAUCCAAAAACUUCCCUCUUUUCCCGUGAAAUUAUCAUAAAUUUCUCCAACUUUUCUCAAAAUUAAUUUAUCUGUGAUCUUCAACAAUGUCAUGUGUCACUCUUUCCACCUUUUAAGGCCAUACAGAUAAAGUCUAAAAAAAAAUUACAGAGAUUUUUCAGUAUUUUUUCACUUAUAUAAGUGCUGGCAACUCUAAAUUAUUAUUAUUAAUACUAUUUUUGAAUAUUUGAAGAUGAAAUUUUGCAAGAAAUAUGAAGAGUAUAUGGAAAAGCAAUGCCAGAAUAAGAAAUUACCGCGUGUAGGUAUUAAGAAAUUGAAGAAAAUUUUGAAGAGAUGUCGGAGAUGUCAUCAAUCAACACACAGUUUUGCUUCAGUGUCUGCAGAUACAAAUAGUACUAAUAAUGUUCAUGAUAGCUCCACUUGUUCACACCAUCAAUGCACUGUUUGUGAUGGAAGCUUUUUUCCAUCUCUGCUUAAGGAGAUGUCUGAAGUUGUUGGCAGCUUCAAUAAACGUGCGCAGAGACUGCUUGGAUUGCAUCUCUCAUCGGGUUUCCGCAAGUAUCUUAUCUUGCUCAAAGAAAGAAUACAAGGAAACCAUAUUGCUUUAGUUCAAGAAGGAAAGGAUCUUGUCACCUAUGCUAUAAUCAAUGCAAUUGCCGUGCGUAAAAUACUUAAGAAAUAUGACAAGAUUCAUUAUUCCAAGCAAGGCCAGGCAUUCAAGUCGCAAGCUCAAAGUAUGCACAUUGAGAUCCUUCAGUCCCCCUGGCUGUGUGAACUUAUGGCUUUUCACAUCAAUUUGAGAGAAAACAAGGAAAAAAAUGGAAAAGCUCUUGCACUUUUUGAUGGUUGCUUCCUGGCGUUCAGUGAAGGGAAACCAUCUCUCACUUGUGAGCUCUUUGAUUCUAUCAAGCUUGAUAUUGAUUUGACCUGUUCCAUUUGUUUGGAUACCGUAUUUGACCCAGUGUCUCUCACUUGUGGUCAUAUCUUCUGCUAUAUCUGUGCUUGCAAAGGUGCAUCAGUGACCAUAGUGGAUGGACUGCAGGCGGCAAAUCCCAAGGAAAAAUGCCCUCUCUGCCGAGAGGAAGGAGUGUAUGAAGGUGCUGUGCAUCUGGAGGAGCUCAACAUUCUACUGAGUAGAAGUUGCCCUGAUUAUUGGAAAGAGCGCCUUCAAACCGAGAGAGUAGAGAGACUUCGGCUUGCUAAGGAGCAUUGGGAAUCUCAGUGUCGGGCAUUUAUUGGCGUCUGAACAAUAAUAUUAGUCUUGCGUAGUAGCAUUUGGUUCUCCUGCAUUUUCUUCUAUGUUUUGCUUGGAUUUGAAUUCAAAAUGUUGUUGUACCCAUUCCGGAUCCUCCAGAAAUAUUGCAUUUUUAGAGAAAUAUUUUUGGAGGAUCCGAAAUGAGUGUAGUUUCUUUUUUGAGGGAUUCCAGCAACAUAGAUUUUGUUACAUUUCUCUGUGUUUCUGCUGUUCAUGCCCCAAACAAGUGCAGCUAAAAUUUGUAAAUAUUUGCAUAAUUUUGUUAUGUUACCUGUUUUUAAGAA